AUGACAGAAUCGCGAUCGCGAUCGCGAUCCACUUCUUCCCGAUCCCGAUCCCGAUCUGUGUCCAGAUCACGGACUCGAUCAAGAACUAGGUCUCCGGUAGAAGCCAAGACGAGUAAGAGAGGUGGGACAAAAGGCGGAUCCAGGAGCCGAGGUCGUUCGAGGGGAAGUAAGCGAAAGAGGUCUCAAAGCAAAAAGUCUAAAUCUCAUUCAAAGAAACGAAAGCGAGGAGCCAGCUCCAAAAAAAAGAAAGGCGGAAAAAGAAAAGGAAAAGGUGGGAAGAAGCCAAAGGCACCGGCAGAUCCAAAAGGAAAUCCCAAGUCCGCGACAGGACAGGAACCCACUCCCACACAGGCCGCGGUUGAGUAA